AGUACGUGGUACUAACCUAACAAAAUAUUGACGAAAAUAAAUAACGCCGUACAUAAUUUUUGCAAUCGUGAUAAACUCAACUUUAAACAUAAAAUAUUCAUAGAAAAACUAUCUAAUAAUGUCUUUAAGAGAUUCUUUCAGAUAUUUAAAUCAAUAUGACAUGCACAAAAAGAUAAUCAACGAGUAUAUGCUACAAAAAUCAGGCGAUACAAGCAAGUUACGUCGCGAUACUUCUAAGGAUCGAAGAGAUAUUGAUGUGAUACGUGAAAACCAUAAAUUUUUAUGGGAUGAAGACGAUGAAACUAUCACCUGGGAACAGCAGUUUGCCAAAAAGUAUUAUGACCGACUAUUUAAGGAGUAUUGCAUCUGUGAUCUAAGUCAUUACAAAGAAAACAAGAUAGCUAUGAGAUGGCGGAUAGAGAAAGAAGUUGUUAUAGGAAAAGGCCAAUUUAUAUGUGGGAAUAAGUCAUGUACAAUAGAGAAAUAUCUAAGGACCUGGGAAGUAAACUUUGCCUAUGUGGAGAAUGAAGAAAAAAAGAAUGCUUUGGUCAAAAUAAGAUUGUGUCCAGAGUGUUCAUUGAAACUGAAUUAUCACAGUAAGAAAAGAGAAGUAAAGAGGCUAAAGAAAUCAUCAAAGACUGGGAAAAGUAAGCCCAAAGAGCAGAAAGCUAAGAAGGAUUCAUCUGAUAGUGACUCCAGUGAUGAUAAACCUAGUUCUUCACAUGAAGAACAACCAGAGACUGGAAGUAAUGAAGAAAAAGAUAGCAAUCCAUGGGAAAAUGUAAAACCAGUUGAAACAAAAAGUAGGGAUGAAGAAAUGGAGGAAUAUUUGGACGAAUUACUACUUUAAUGGAGUAUAAUCACAAUAAAUAUUAUGCAUAAUA